UGAUCCGCGGUCAUUUCCUUCCAAAGCUUCUGGCACUCAUAAAAAUGUCCAAGAAAAGACCAUCCAAACUUGUUCCGAGGUUGGGUGUUGGUCUGGGCUCCUCUGUCGGUCUCCUAAAUUUCCUUCCUUGGAUUGUCGUAAUUGAAACGGAGUUGACGGGUGGCGCCUCGCCUCUUCUUAAUCGCCUUCUUAAGCUGGCGGUGUUGGGGCGUCCAAGUCUGGACCUGGUCUCUCUCUGGUAUUCUUCUCCCUUCCAUAUAAAACAAAUUGAAGUAACCCAGGGACAUACGAGAAAGAGGGAGAGAGGAGAAGGACAAGAGAGGAACAGAAAGAGAGUUAGAGGAAGCAAUGGUGGGGCACUUGCUUGGGCUGCUGAAAGUGCGGGUGCAGAGAGGGGUGAACCUCGCCGUCCGGGACGUCCGGAGCAGCGAUCCCUAUGUCAUCCUACAGAUGGGCAGACAGAAACUGAAGACUCGAACAAUAAAAAGAAAUACCAAUCCAGAGUGGAAUGAAGACUUAACUCUUUCUGUUGAAGAUCCUACUCUUCCAGUCAGGCUUCAAGUGUAUGAUAAGGACACAUUCAGCUCUGAUGAUCCCAUGGGCAAUGCAGAGUUUGACAUCCAACCAUUUCUGGAGGCUGUGAGGAUGAAUCCUGAAGCUGUUCCAAAUGGCACCAUUAUAACUAAGGUCGUACCUAAUAGGCAAAAUUGCUUAGCUGAGGAGAGCCGGAUCUACUGGUCAGAUGGAAAGGUCACUCAAGAUAUUGUCCUCAGACUCAGAAAUGUGGAAUGUGGUGAAGUUGAGCUGCAGCUGCAGUGGAUCAGCAUUCCAGGUGCCAGGGGCCUAUAAGUUUCUGUCUGAUAUCAGGGGAACACGUAAUGUUAUGGACAGCCUUUGCCCUUGGUUAGAAUAUCCUAAACAACCUUGUGAGGGAUGUGUGCUCUGUAUAUUUGUUUGUCAGGAUUAGACGCAUGAGUAGGUAACAGCUGACUUCAGAUAUAUCUAUCUAUAAUGGAUGCUAGAAUUUUGUGUAUGAGGUGCUGCUGUAAUCCAACUCGUUUCAUGUAGCCAUUUUCUGUUUUUUAAUUCUUUUUUCUCCUAACUUGCUUUAGAAUCUUUCAUCAGAAAAAAGGACCUGCAUUAGGAUCUCUCUUAAUUUGUAACAGUGUAACCGUUGGGUAGAGUGUUUUUGCUUGUAGCUGGCAAUGUUGCAAUAAUUGAGAGGAAGCUGAGUAAAUAACUGCAGGGCUGGACCACGCUAAAAUGGACAUUCUUCCACCAUUUUCGAUCCCUUCACCUCUGCAGCAAAAAUAGUCUUCGCAAAUGGUGGUGCUGCCUUUCGCUUCUGUGCUUCAUAGUAGUCUGUGUAAGAUGAGUCGAUUAUGUUUUCUACUUAUAUGUGGCUGUCCCUGUGGUAUUCACCA